AUGAGGAUCUUCAACCUGCUCUACCUACUCCUGCUGCUGGUAGCCGUUCUUGUACCAGCUUACUCCAUCAGACCAGAUUUCCUGAACUUAAGGAGAAAAUACCACAGACACCACUGCCCACACAGACGCUGCCUGCCUCUCCACUCCAGAGUACCCUUCCCCUAAAGGUUGAAGCACAAGAUUGAGGGUGACCUAAGGAGAGGAAUAUGGAUAUGAAGCAACUACAGUGUGCGUCCUGGGCACCAUGGAUGGAUCCCAGUGCAAACACAUAGACUGAAAGGGAGGAAAAUGCCACCCCAAAGACUGCUAUGUAUAUGUAGCUGCAAAAAGCUACAGGAUACUGUCUUCAUUUCCAACAAAAUAUAAACGAUGAAUUGUUUUGGCACCCCGGUGGACACAGAUCUGGGUUUGUCCGGCUGCACAGCACAGCUGCCAGAAGAAAAUGUUGGCUUGUAUGUUUCUACAAACCACAAAUAGGUUAAAUUUAUAUGUUUCUAGGCAUCAUAUCAAUGUUUCUAAAGUGAUGUAGUAUUUGAGCUGAAUUUGUCAUGCAGAGGUGGAACGGAUGGUGGAUGGCCUGCCAAGCUGCAGACCCCUGAUUGAGACCAACAAACAACAAACACUGGUUGAUUUUUAGCAACUGUUGGUUUCCACCGGUGUUUCUGGCACCAAACAUGAGUGUUUUUAGCAGCACUUUGUGGUGUUUUCUAGCAGCAUUACUGGUGCCAAACCUAGGUGUUUUUUAUGACACAUUGCUGUGUUUCCUAGAGGCAUUUCAGCCACGAAAAGCUGGGUAUUUUUCUUGGACACAUAAGGGGGUUUCCCAGUGGCGUAUGGGCCAAGGAACCAGGUUGUUUUUCACUGACCCAUUCCUGCUUGGCUAUUUUAAGCCAAAACAUGAUCUUUUCCUAACCAUAACCAAAUGAUUUUUGUGCCUAAACAUAACCACACCUUCACCACAGAGUUGUUAAGAAACCUAAGAUUUCAAUGUACCCACUGUAACAUAAUGUAAAAUGUAUCUGUGGUUUGUAGAAAUGUACAAUUCAAACUGGUGACUGGUUUGAGCUGCAAGCACCUUCCCUCUUCGUUAUCAAAAGCCAUAACUUUUGUACGGAACAAGAACACAGGAAAAGGAGCAGCAACAUCAAAAAUAUUUAACACUCACGACUCAAAAGCU